CGCACCUCCUUCUCCCUCUCUCCUCCUCCUGCUACACUUUUCCUGCUUUUUUUUUUGUCUCUCUUUCUCUUUGAAACGGCUCCCGGGACUGCCGACAGCCAGGCCGCGGUCACUUCAGCGUGUAUCCGUUCAGGAAGAGACAGAGUGUGUGUGUGAGUGCGUGUGUGUGUGCAUGUGUGGGAAAGUGUGUGUGUGUGAGAGAGAGAGUGUGUGUGUGUGAGUGAGUGCGUGUGUGUGCGCACCCCGCCCGCAACCGGCCCAUCCGUGUUAUUUUUUUUACCCCACCAUCCCACCUCCGCUUUUCGGUCAUGACGCUGGAAGCGAUCCGCUACCGGGCCGGGUCUCUGCAGAUCCUCAACCAGCUGCUGCUGCCUCACCAGACCGUUUACGACGAGAUCCGCUCGGUGCAGGACGCUUACGAGGCCAUCAAGUCCAUGAAGGUGCGAGGAGCCCCGGCCAUCGCCAUCGUCGGCUGCCUCAGCCUGGCUGUGGAGCUGCGAGCCGGAGCCGGCGGUGACGACCCUGUGACCUUCAUCAGAGAGUCUCUCUGUCAGCUGACCUCAGCCAGGCCCACCGCUGUCAACAUGGGCCGCGCCGCUCGUGAGCUGAUGGAGUUUGCUGAGAACGAGAGCAUGGAGAAGAACUCGGAGCAGCUCAGAGAAAGUGUAAUUGCCUGGAUCGAAGACAUGCUGGAGCGUGACGUCAAUGACAACAAGAAAAUUGGUAACUAUGGCGCCCAGCAUAUCCUGUCUGGCGUCCCGAGGGACUCUGUGACCAUCCUCACACACUGCAACACCGGCUCGCUUGCCACAGCUGGAUACGGGACCGCGCUGGGUGUGGUGCGAAGCCUCCACGGGCUGGGCAGGCUGAAGCGGGUGUACUGCACGGAGACAAGGCCUUACAACCAGGGAUCCAGACUGACAGCAUAUGAGGCGGUAGCAGAGGGAAUCCCCGCUACACUCAUCACAGACAGCAUGGCUGCCCUCACCAUGAGAGAAAUGAACAUCACAGCUGUGGUGGUGGGCGCAGACAGGGUGGUUGCCAACGGUGACACAGCCAACAAGGUGGGCACGUACCAGCUGGCCAUCGCUGCAAAGCACCAUGGGAUUCCCUUCUAUGUGGCCGCACCGAGCACAUCGUGCGACCUGAGCCUGGAGAGUGGCAGGGACAUCAUCAUCGAAGUACGCCCUCCUGAGGAACUCACCAGUAUAAAUGGAGUCCCCAUUGCUGCCCCGGGUAUCGAGGUGUGGAACCCUGCUUUCGAUGUGACCCCUCACCAGCUCAUCACAGGGGGCAUCAUCACAGAGCUGGGAGUCUUCCUCCCCUCCGAGCUCCAGGCGGCUCUCACCGGCCGCCUUACCGCCCUCUAGAGCCCCUCCUGCUGGUCCGUGUGCGCCACUGCACCUCAACAUCACACACAAAGACACUCUCAUUUCAACACAGGACACACGCACAGUCAUUGUCGUGGUUUCAUUUAAUUUUGGUAAACGCACGGUCACUGUUACAUGUCAGUGAUGCACAGCUGAAAAAUAAGAUGGACACACACACACACACACACACACACACACACACACUGCAGGGAGUCAAGCAGACACACACAUAUCAGAUCAUAGUCACUUUUGGGGACAUUGCAAAGACUUACAUUCAUUGCCUGGAGACCUACAUAAUCCUAAACAUAGCUUUUGUCCCCAAUUGGACAAGUUGUCCUUUUAUUAACUGGCCCGAAGUCUGAAAUUUGUCCCCAAAAGUUGCAGAUGACAAACCACAUGUGCAGUCUCCCCUUUCUUUUCCAUUCCUCUUUUUUUUCUCUCCAUUCCUACCUUUUCCCAAGUUUUACAUCUCAUCUUUCAUUCUCUUCUGCCACCUUUUUUCUAAAUGGCUUCUGCGACAAUGAAUAGCGCUCAGCUGGACACCGAUCCUUAAAUUCUAUUUGGCAAACAAAUUUUACGAGUCAGUACUGAGUUAAAUUUUCAGGGCUUCUUCAACUGCAGACAAAAACUACCAUAGCUGUGACAUGACUGAUAUUUCAAUUUGAAAGUAGUGAUUUUGAUCAGCCAUGGUUUCUAAAAUGCUGCUACCCACUUGUAAAUAUACAUGUCCUCAUUGGUAGUGUGUACAUAUGUAGAAAACCAACCCCUGCUAGUAAAAAUAAAGUACUGUUAUUUUAACCAAAUAUGUGGUUAUUUGAAAUUACAAGCUGGCAUCAAAAAUGUUAUAUUAACAUUUAACUUCUGUUUUUUCUGUGUAGAUACUUUUGUAGGGGUAUAAUCCAAAUUUAUAGCUCUCAGUGAAAUGAAAAAAGUUGUAUUUCACUCACUUUUUACCCUGCGCGGAAAAAUUUUGAACAAGCGGAAUUUCUUGAUGGGCCCUCGUUAGUCAGCUGAAGCCUAUAACAAUACAUGGCUGUAUUUAUACCAGUUGUACUCUAUCAUACCAUACUCUUGUAUUCUCAUGAUGUCGAUAUAUAAAUAUAGCCAUACUUAUUUCAGCACCAUACUGAUAUUCACUAUACUGCACUGGACACUGUAAGAAUGAAGAAUCAAAAAAGGGGGAAAUUGGUAUCAUUUUCACCCAAGCAGCUCUUGCUUGAGCUGUGAUGUCUGUUACAUUUCUCUAAUAUAGAUAAAGCUAAUAAAGGAACAGUUCACCCGAAAAUAAAAAUGUGGUCAUCUGCUCACUUGAACAUGAGUCAAGACUUCUCUAAUGUUUGUAAACCACAAAAUACAUGUGCAGCUUGUACUCUAUGUCAGGCUAAUGCCAAAUUAUUUUAAGUAACAAAAGUGUACAGCUCAGAAAAAUGCCCCCCCCCCCAAACAUUAAAAUAAUAACUAAAAUAAAUGAUAUUGGCAUCUUUAUUUCAUAUGUUUAUAUCAACAAUAAUUACAUGUAUACAUGUAAUAUAUAAAGUGUUGCUUAUA